UGUAAGAUGCGCCAGCAGCAGCUAUUGGCCACCAUAACCACCGCCAUCGCCACCAUGAGUCCCCCUUGUCCUCCACCUCCACCGCCACCAAAACCCAAAUCUACGCCGAUUUCCGGCGCGUGCAGCUGCAAGCACUCACCGUCGGCGACUCUGGACCUUCUCAUUCUCAUAUUAGUGCUCUUCUCUGGCGCGUUCCUCCUCUCAUCGUAUUUCUCCUACAUCUUCAACUCCCUCUCCCUCCUUCUCGCGCAAUCGGCGCCUAACCUCCACCAGCUCCCGAUCUCGUGGCUGCUAGGGUUCUUCACCUUCUUUGGCGUCUCGAUCGUGAUCGUCGAUUUCUGGUGUGGCGCGCGAUCCAGGAAGUGCCGGGCGCCGGGCUGCAAGGGCCUCAAGAAGGCGAUGGAGUUCGAUUUGCAGCUGCAGACGGAGGAGAACCUCCGUUGCGGCGCCUCCGAUGAGAUUGACAGGCUGCCAUGGAAGGGCGGCAGGGAAGGCAAUCCUGACUACGAGUGCCUUCGGUCUGAGCUCAGGAAGAUGGCUCCCGCCAACGGACGCGCCGUCUUACUCUUCCGAGCGCGUUGCGGCUGCCCCAUUGCCAAGCUCGAAGGUUGGGGCCCCAAGAAAGGAAAGCGCCAUAAGAAAUCCCUACAGAAUGCGACUGUUAAUGGAAAAGGAGAUCAUCGCUGAUACACUCUGGUGUGGUGUGGUGUAUCCAUCACCGACAUCUCAAUAUAUAUCAUUACCAGCUCAAUGUUCAAUGUUUCACUAUUUACUUGGAGACUUGUUCACAAUCAGAAUCAAUUUUUUGUUAAGGAAAAAAGAAAAGUUUAUAAUCUGAUAUUUUAGUAUUACCCGUCC